AUGAAUUGUCAAGCCGGAAGAAGGCGCCUACUACGCGUCAAGCCGUCCUUUGCGCACCGUGGACAGAUUUCGAGCCCCUUGUCCCCUUUCGCGGUGUCGAGCGCGCCGCGCCAGUCCAGCCUCUGCGCGAAGUCGUCGCCAGCAUCGCGCGUCAGCUGUCGCUAUGCCUCCAGCUCCGCAGAAGCCCGUGCAAAACCAGAGCCCCAGUCGGAAGUUGUUGCAAGCCGACCUGUAACAGCCCCUCUGGAUGCUACGUCACAGAUCCCGACGCCAAUCAAUCCCGACAUCGCCAUCUCUUCGACCCUCAACCCGCCCGCUUCAACCCGUCCACCGCCCCUCGAUACGCCGACGCGGGAGCCCGACUCGUCCCUAUUCCCGUAUCUGCUCAAGCUCGGCAAAGCCUAUGCCACGUUCUACAAAAACGGGGUGAAGGCCAUUCUCACGAACCGCCGCCUACUCAAAGAAGUAUCACAUAGCUUGAAUGCGCCUCCCCAUAUCAAGAACCCGGACACCAAAGUACGACCGACACGAGCCGCAGUGCUCCUCCGGGAACGGACCAACCAUGACCUUUCGCGGUUGCCGUUGUUUGGAUUGGUGGUAUUGAUCUGUGGAGAAUUCACGCCUCUGGUAGUCCUGGCCUUUCCGAAGAUGACUCCGUACACGUGCCGCAUACCGAAACAAAUCGAGAAGCUGCGGACCAAGGCUCAAGAGAGACGUGCGGCGUCGCAACGUAACCUGGGCUACGUAGCAGACUCUGCCGCACUGGAGAAAGUGACCUCGGGCCACAUUGUGAGGUCACUCGCUCUUGGGAGCAGUAUAUGGGACAAGGCCGGCAUCGACCCGCCCUUUGCUGCCACCAGGGCGUCAAAUGCCAUCAAGAGAAUCCUUCAAGAUGACGUUAUGAUCAGGGACGGUGGUGGUGUUGAUGUCUUGGAGCCAGAGGAAGUCGUGCUCGCCUGCGAAGACCGGGCUAUGGACGUGAGGAAUGCGAACGUUGACGCUUUACGGGCGAGGCUGGCCGACUGGAUUCAGACGACGACUCAAGCGGAAGGAGAUGAUGGCGAGGCCAUCGUGCGUAAGUUGUUCAUUGGACCUCGCGACAAGACAGAUUAA